AUCAUGCAUUUGUUCUCCGCUUUUUCUGUGUAUUCGCGACUUGGUUCAUUUCCAUUUGCCUAUAAGAAAAUUAUUUCCUAUCUUUCAGUACUCAAACCAAGUGUGCAUUAAUUAAAUUAACCAGACUAGCAGUCGCAACCAUAUUGCAAUCUAUUAUUUUACAGCAACUAAAACCUGAACCACAAUCACAUGCCAAAGUCGAGUGGCGCCACAAAGCGGCGAGAGAAGCUUUGUAUUUUCUUUUAACUCUUUGUUUCGGUUUGAAGCGGAAGCCGUCCCCGCGCAGUCGUCUAUGCACGGCCAUAAUUGCAAUUAUCAAGCAGCUCAAGUCGUGAAUCAGCUUUUCGUAGCAGUGAAACAUAUCAGUCUUUGUGUGUCCGCGAAAUGCAGUAGUUCAUGUUUCUUGUUUACUUAACUUGUACACCUAUUAAAUUAAACACGAGCCUUGUUUCAGAACUGAGGCUCAUUUGUUGGUCAACAAAAGCAAAGCAUUUAGUGCAAAAGUCGAAAAAAUUAAGAAAAAAACCUAGUGCCUUAGUAUUACUUGCGAGACUUUAUCAAAAUGAAACGGUCUUUGAUUGCCACAGUUUUGCUGUCGAUUGCAUUUUUCGCUGUUGGCGUCAACAAAGUAUAUGGUAGCCCUUCUGGUUCCGACAUCGACUUAAGCCAAAUAAAUGUUAAUGACCUGCAACAAAAACUGCCAGCAGAGUUGGCCAAUACGAAUCUUACUCUGGACGAUGCUAAAACUCUAGUCCGCGAUAAAUGCAUUGAAGUGGCUGGCAAAGAAAACGGCGAAGCAGCUUAUGCCGAAAUAGAAAACGCUGUAUCAACAUUAACAGAAUGCGCUACGAACAUAUUGAACUUCACUGCUAUUCAGGUUGAAAUUGAUGAGGCCAGUCCAAAGGGUGAACUGGAUGUGGUAUUUAACAAAUACUGCAACAAACAGCCUCAAGCUCUUGCUUGCUUUGAAGCAUUCAACAGCAAGUUAGCAGCAUGUUUGGAUAAUGAAGAAAAAGAGCAUCAGGAAGUGUUCAUGCGCAUCGUACGCAGUCUUUUAAGCUUUAUAUGUCACAAAGGAGGCGACCAGAUAGCGCUCUUCAUUGCUGAAAAGGGUCCGGAAUGUCUAGAUUCAAAGAAAGAUGACAUACAGAAUUGCGUCAAUAGCACUUUCGCAGGAUAUGUUCCCCAGAAUGGACUGAGUGGCAUAAAAACACUACCCAAAUUUGUGAUGGGUACUAAACAAUGUGAAGAAAUGGAGGAUUUAGAAAAUUGCAUUGUUGAGAAACUGGAAAAAUGUAGUGAAAUAACACCUGCUAAUAUUGUAGAAUCAAUGUUCAGAUUUAUUAAAAAUGAAACGAUCUGCCACAGUACUCCCCGCGUAGCAAAACAAUCAUCAUGGACCAGUGGUGUUAAUAGCGGUGUGAUGUUACAACAGUUAGGUGGUGUAUCAUGGAUGCUGGGCGCCAGUUUAUUCUACCAGCUAAUAAAACGUGUCCAAGCGUAGGCAUAUGGGGCAUCUUUAAAUUAAACUCAAGAAUAAAGCGGUGUACAAAAUGAACCCUAAAAUAUGUAGGUGAUUUCACUAUUUAAUCCCCUUCUGCAUAAAAAUGUCUUUUUUUGCACAGGUAAAGCGGAUGUAUUUAGAGCUAAAAAAAAUAUUGUAAACAGGGUACAUAUAUAUGUACAUUAGGGUGGUCCUUAAAUGUAGGAAGCAAAUUUUUACAUCAGAUUUCCUAAGCCUCAACGACUACAUCAAUGCUACCAUUGUUUAAUAUAUCUCAUAUAAAUUUUGGCCCCGAUUGGAGAUUCAAAAAAUUAAAAUUUAUUUUGUUUUUUCAUCUAAUACCCCUAAUCGAUACUACCGUAGACGAAUAUAUCGCAUAUAAAUUUUGGCCCCGAUUGAAGUUGGGUAAGGCGCGUCUAAACCGACUCCAACCGGGCCAAAAUUUACAUAUAUGUGAUGUCUUCGACUUUAAUAGUAUCGAUUUUGGGUAUUAAAUGAAAACAAUAUUUUUAAUUUCUUUAGUCCUUGGAGGCAUCUGGCCUAUGACCCCUUUGCGACACGCCUUAACCGACUCCAAUCGCGACCAAAAUUUAUAGUUGAUAUUUUCGACUAUGAUACUACCGAUUUUGGAUAUUAGAUGAGAACAAAAUUAAUUUUAAUUUUUUAGUCUCUAUAGAGGAAUCUGUACUUUUCCCUCUGAGCAACACGCCUUAAAUGUCUCCAAUCGGUACCAAAAUUUAUAUUUGAUAUCUGUGACCGUGGUAUUACCGAUUGAGGGGGUGAGACUGAAAAAAAUCGUUUAUUUGAUUUUCUACGGACCACCCUAAUGUACAUGUAUCAAAAAUGCACAGCAAAGAAACGUACGCAUUUUCGGUAUUAAACGAUAGUAAUUCUACAAGUACCCUGUAUUUCACUUUCCAUAAUUUUGCACGAAUUUAUAUUUCAAUUUAAUCAACCUUUAUAAGAGUAGUUCUGAUCCCGCUUUGCAAAUUUGCGCAAACAUAUUGCUAGUAAUAAAAAGUAAAAUGAUUCGGGAGUAGAGGUUAAUGUUGUUAUACAAAGCACAUCUUUAUUUUAUUCGAAUUUGAUUAUAAAAACUUAAAUAGAAUUGUUCCACUCCUAAAAAGCACCAUUAAAUUAUGUAAGGUCAGAACAAAAUAUAUUUUGUAUUGAAGCAAGAUAGAAGCGAUAACACAUCGUAAAUAUACAUGCUUAUAAAUAUAGUCGCAUUCAAAACAGAAUACUGGUACACUCAUGCGUAUGUACAUGCAUAUGCAUAUGGAUGUUAAAAUUGGGAUGCACAUACAUACCUAUGUAAGUACAUAUAUGUAUGUAAGUACAUAUAUGUAUGUAUGCAUACGGGUAUAUAUAGAUUACCAUAUGCUGUACAAAAAAUAAUCAGAACGUGUGUAUUUAUAACUAAGUAGAUGGUUUGUACUUUUAUUAGCGACUAAGUGUAAAGAGUAAUUAUUAGUAUUUCUGUAAUUGAAAUUGAUUUAUUUGAAUAAAGUGAAAUAAACUCUGUA